UGGAGAACUGGGCCCGCAGCAUCGAGCUGGACAUGAGGACCAUCGCCACCGCCCUCGAGCCAUGUGGCUGUGUGUGACCCUGCUGGCCGUGGCCUGGGCCGUGGCCUGGCUGCUGCGGGACCGCCGGACGUUGCCCACCGUGACGGACAAACACGUUUUCAUCACGGGCUGCGACAGCGGCUUCGGCAACCUGCUGGCCCGGCGGCUGGCCCGGCGUGGCUACCGCGUGCUGGCCGCCUGCCUGACCCCGCAGGGAGCCCAGAGCCUGGGGGACAGCGCCGGGGGACACCUGCGGACCACCCUGCUGGACGUCACCCGCUCCGACAGCAUCCAGAGGGCCGUGGAGUGGGUGAAGGAGGAGGUGGGGGAGAAAGGCCUGUUCGGGCUGGUGAACAACGCGGGCAUCGCCAGCCCCAUGGGCCCCACGGAGUGGAUGGACAUGGAGGAUUUCCGGCGGGUCAUGGCCGUCAACGCCUUCGGGGCCAUCGAGGUCACCCUGCGGCUGCUGCCGCUGCUCAAGCGCGCGCGGGGCCGCGUGGUCAACACCUCCAGCGUCCUGGGCCGCGUCUCGGCCAACGGCGGCGGCUACUGCGUGUCCAAGUUCUGCAUCGAGGCCUUCUCGGACAGCCUCAGGCGGGACAUGCGGCACUUUGGGGUCAAGGUGAGCGUGGUGGAGCCGGGAUUUUUCCGGACCAACGCGACGGAGCUGGGCCCGCUGGAGGAGGCGCUGCGGCAGCGCUGGGAGCGCCUGGAGCCCGGCACGCGCAGCAGCUACGGAGAGCACUUCCUGCCCCAGUACCUGAAGGUGCAGCGGCUGCUGCUGUCCCUGCUGUGUGACAAGGACCUGGCCAAGGUCACCUGGUGCAUGGAGCACGCGCUGCGGGCGCAGCACCCGCGCAGCCGCUACAGCGCCGGCUGGGACGCCAAACUGCUCUGGCUGCCGGCCUCCUACCUGCCCUCGGCCCUGGUGGACCUGGCCCUGGCCCUGCUCCUGCCCAAACCGGCCCAGAGCGUGCCCUGAGAGACCCCAGACCCAAAUUGAGCCCCCCAAAUGAACCCCAAAAUGAACCCCCCUGGAUGGGUGAGGAACGACCCCAAACUCCUUCUUGAUCUUGCUCAGGGGGUUUGGGGACAUUGGGGUGACACACAGAGCCACCAGGACCUGGCCCUGGCCUUGAUUCUGCCUCAAUUGACUCACAGUGUCCACUGAGAGACCCCAGACCCAAAUUGAGCCCCCCAAAUGAAUCCCCCAAAAUAAAUAAACCCCCCUGGGUGGGCAAAGACCCCAGCAGGGUCUCACCUGUGCUUGCUCUGACUGGGGGGGUUUGGGGACAUUGGGGUGACACACAGAGCCACCAGGACCUGGCCCUGGCCCUCAUCCUACCCAAACCAGCCCACAGUGACCACUAAGAGACCCCAGACCCAAAUUGAGCCCCCCAAAUGAACCCC